GCCCGUCCGUGCAGACAGGAUGCAGCUGUCCGAGCAGAACUGAGUCUGUAAAGGUGAAAGAGAGUGAAGCUGAAAACUCUCUCUGAUCUCUUUGUUUCUUCAUGCCCCCUCUCUCUCCCUCCCCAUUUCGUCGGAGUGGUCGGAGCAGAUGCAGCUUCACGGCGGCUUCAGAAGUUGGACAGCCACAGAUUUGCAUGCCAUGACUCUUGAAUCCGGACAUUCCCAAAGGCAGCGCAGCGCAGCGGCGUGGAUCAUUUUAAAAGCCGUCGCCUCUGUCCACAUCACGCGUGUCGGGGAGGGUGAUCAACAUGUGGCGCUUUAAAUAAUAAUAAGAGUUAAAGAAAAGAAAUGAAGGAAUACUGAUCUCCGUCCGAACAGCCUCCGGGUGAUACCUGUUAUUUACAGUAACGGAAUGAAGACCCUAUCCUGAGAGAUAAUGGAUGAGAGAUCCAGCAAGCUCAUCUUGGUUCCCAUCUUGGCAGUCCUUUUUGUUAUGAUCGGUUAUCAGUACAUUUGUCCGGCGGGCAGCAAUUCGUGCCACUUUAAGUCCGAGGAGAGAUUCAGAGGGGUGAGCCUGCUGUCCUCCCCGUACCAGGACGCCGAUGACUUCUUCAGAGAUUCCGACCUGGACGACGACGGUCCGCCGAAGCUGCCGUCCAAAUUCAACUUCACCGAGAGAGACCUGGACCGACACGUGGAGUUCAACAUCAAAGGGGACGACGUGAUCGUGUUCCUGCACAUCCAGAAGACCGGCGGCACCACUUUCGGCAGGCACCUGGUGAGGAAUAUUCGUUUGGAGCAGCCGUGCGACUGCAAGCCCGGCCAGAAGAAGUGCACCUGCCACCGGCCGGGCAAAGAGGAGUCCUGGCUCUUCUCCCGGUUCUCCACGGGCUGGAGCUGCGGGCUGCACGCGGACUGGACCGAGCUGACGAACUGCGUUCCGGUCGUGAUGGAUAAGAAGGAGGCCCAGAGGAAUAAAAGGAACUUCUACUACAUCACCAUGCUGCGAGACCCGGUCUCCCGCUACCUGAGUGAGUGGAAACAUGUCCAGAGAGGAGCCACAUGGAAGACGGCUCUCCAUAUGUGCGAUGGACGCUCACCCACCCAGGACGAGUUGCCCACCUGCUACAGUGGUGACGACUGGUCCGGUGUCACCCUGAAAGAGUUCAUGAACUGUCAGUCAAACCUGGCCAACAACCGCCAAGUCCGCAUGCUGGCUGACCUGAGCCUGGUGGGCUGCUACAACAUGUCCUCGAUGAACGAGAGCCAGCGCAACCACAUCCUUUUGAGCAGCGCCAUGAGCAACCUGAAGAACAUGGCUUUCUACGGUCUGACUGAGUUCCAGCGCAAGACGCAAUACCUGUUUGAGCGGACGUUCAGCCUGCGCUUCAUCUCCGCCUUCACGCAGAUCAACAGCACGCGGGCGGCCAACGUGGACCUGAGUGAGGCCGUGCGCAGGCGCAUCGAGGAGCUCAACUUCCUGGAUGUUCAGCUGUAUGAGUAUGCAAAGGACCUGUUCCUCCAACGGUUCCAGUACACCCGGCAGAGGGAGCACCAAGAGGUGCGAUUGAAGAGGCGCGAGGAGAGACGCUGGUUGAGGGAGCAAAGGGACCAGGGCAGACCAUGGCCGUCCAAACACAAAGGAAGCGGGAAGGGAGAUGGAGACGUAUUUGAGAAGGAAACUGAAACCGACCUGCCCACCACCACUGAGGACUAUACAAGCCAAGUGGCACGUUGGUGAGGCUUCAUCUAACAGAGAGCUGCAGCAGACUCUCUUGUACAUCUUAAGAGUCUCUUUGUUCUUCACCAUUGUUCUGUCUGAUGCAUUUAUCUGUUUUGUUGGUACAGGAGCUUUGUUUCUUUUAGGGAAAAAAAAAACAUUCAUUUUGUCUCUGAGAGCCUUUAGUGUCUUAAAUUUAUAAAAGCUGUUCAUAAAUCAUCUCAUUUAACUACUGCCUUAGUUUUACUUUGCAAAACAAUAGCGUAAACAAAAAGAAAAUCCUGACUGCACUGAUUUUAAUAUCCACAGAAAGGUUUUGAAUAUGUUUGAAGUUAUUAUUGGUGUUCAGACUGUUUUCACUCCAGUGGCUUUAUAUUUUUGAGUAAGAGUUCCAGACAUCAUAAACAUUUAGAGAGGGCAGCUUUGAGCAUCAGUUUUUAAUGUGUUACAAACACAAAGUGGAAUAUGAGAAUUUAUCAGAGAGCAGCAGAGCAUUUCUUGAAUCUGAUCUUCACUUCCCAGAUUUGUCCAAAAAACUGGUGAGUCGGCCAACAGUCGAUAUUUAACAAUUAGCUGGUAGAUAGAAAGGGGUGAGGAAAAUUUGGGUCUCUGUGUGGCUUUCUCUUUGAACUGCUUCACAAGUAAUGUGUUGCCCAAAAAAAAAAAAAUUAACAGUACUAGUAAUCAUUUAGAACAUUUAAGAAAAUUGGAAUAUUUUCAACAAUACAAAUGACAGAAAUCGGAGAUGUCCCGAUCAGGGCAUUUUCAAUUGACAGGCAUCAAAGCUUGUGACUGAACACAGCUAGUAAAUACUGCCCUUGAUUUUGUCAGCCCUAAGCGAGCCCUCCAGCACUAAUUUUCAGAACUUUCUUUCUAAAUUUAUGCUCUCCUUCUUAUGUGCACAGCUUGCAAAGCUUUAAUAUAUGCUAUCCACAUUGUUUUGUUCUAAGCCAAUUUGAGCUUUUUCUACUAAUAUAGGUCGUUUUUGCCCCCCACAAUGACUUUCAGAGUAAAUGACAGACUAUACGGGCCACUGCAGCUUCCUGUUUCUCUGGUCCUGACCUACAUGUACUCUCAGCUGUCAAGGCAGAAAAAAAAGCCUUGGAGAACUAUUCUUUUAAUUUCAUGACCCUGAAAGGAAAAUGACAGUUAAUGAAAACACAUGGCUUUUUCAGUCCUUUUGUCCUUUUUUGGCCUCGUGAUUAAUAGAAUCUGCAUUUCAAUUUUAAAAGUCAUAUCAAAGCAGAGUAAACAUACGAGCAUAAGCCUAGACCUUCACCAACCUGCUGCACAUGCACAUUUAAAGGAGGAAGAUUAUGAUUUGUGAGCUAGUUUAGUGGGAUACAAUCACAGUGCUAAUGUAAUAUUGAUGAUAUGUAGUGCUGCUUGUUGGUCAUUCAGUCCUUUGCUAUUUUGCACUUGCAUAGCUUUGGAUAUGUUUCUUCUGGAUACAAAAUAUAGUGAAGCAACACUUUGAGAGGGGACCAUAAAGUAAAAGCUACUGAGGUUUUGAGAAAAUUCAUGGCUUUCACAAGCAUCAGACUAGACUAGGUACGCACUGACCAGGUAUGAGCAAAUGCCUAUUCUAAUAUGACUAAUCAUUUCAGCAGCAAAUAAAAAUCCUGAAUAGGACAUUGAUAACAGAAAUCCUAUUUUAUCUGAAAGUCUUAAAGGCCAUGCAUGGUCAGGUUGACGUGCGGAAUUCAGUUCUCAUUGCAGCGUCAUUUUGUCCUCAGUCUCAUGUCGUCCAUGAUUUGUCACAACUGCCCUGACAAAUCUUGCAUCCCCUAAUUAUUGUAUGAUUGGUCAGAAUUUUAUGGUUGUGUUUGUUUAUGCAGAAAACAGUUCCAAAUACUCCCAUCCUAAUGCAAGUUUUUCAGUCAGAGACCAGGAUGGAUAGUUGAGAGGAGCAAUUGUCAGAGACCAUAAAAAGUAUGAACCAAAACAUGUUCCAGGCGAAGUUUACAGACCAAAGUACUACACUUCCCCUGCUCAGUUCUUCUGGUACAACGCAGCCAAUGAACAUCCCAGCGAUGCCUUCUGUUCUUCUUUAGCUUUUUACAAUGUGGACAAUAAAAUAAAAUGUUUUAACUCAUCAGUGAUUAUUUCCUCCACUUCUGUUUACUUUACUGUUUUUAACCAGACAUAUGACAAAACACCAGGACGUGUAGCUCAUGCAGCAGGAGGGGUUUCACAGGAGCUCAUUUCAGUGUAUCUUGUGGAUCUUGAACGGUCUCUGUGAAAACGAAUGUCCCACCUUCGGAGAUGUCAACCUCGUGACCAGACUUUGACUGUUUGAUCAUGCUGGGCCCUUUAAUUAAAUGACAGAUGGCUGCUUGUCACAGAAACACAGUAUAUUUAGAUCUGCAAAUUUUAUACUUUAAUAAGCUCUGGCUGAUUUAAUAAAAAUCUCAGCUGAGUCACGAAAAUCAAACUUGUCUUUCUUGAAUAACUUUCUGACGAUCAGUAUUUUGGUACUAGAUCUUUCUGCAUUUGGAAAUCCAAACUCCAAAAUGGACAUCUUUCUGAUAUUUUUUUCUUAUACUUUUUUGAUGUAACUUUAGUGAGAGGCAUAAAAAGGCUCUUUCAUGAAUCUGAUCCAAGUUCUGUCACUCAAAAUAUUGUGCAUUUUCAUCUACUAAAAGGCAAACUAAACAACUCAGACAAAAGAUGUACUGUUUUUAGUCAAAUGGGUUUUUUUUUAAAGACAAUAUUGUUUGCAUGUACCCAACUAAACCAAAUUACUCAAAAAUGUGUAUGCCAAUUUUUUUUGUUGUGGUUUUCAAACAGUUUUCUAAUGCGCAGUAUGUGGUAUCUUACUAACAGAAUAACUUCUGUCUGGUCCAUGCAUGUUUUUGUAAUUUGAUGUUCACUACGGAUGCAGGAAUGAUUCAUAUUGAAUCAUUCAUGUUCAUAAACAAAACAAACAAAAAACAACCCUGCCAGUAAAAGUGGUGGAGGUGUUUUCAACCUUGGGCUCACAAUUAAGUAAAACUGACAUUUUUUUAAAGCACUUAUCCUCAUCUCAACUUAUCAACGUUUUAGAUUAGCAUUUUUAUUCUGGUCUAUCUGUUUAUUUUGUGGCUAAUAAGAAAUUGGACUACUUUUGAGGGACACAGAAGAAACCUCCAAUAUCCACAGUGUACAUACAUUGAUGGCCAGAAAAAUGGAGCAAAACAUCUGCCAAUUAUUUAUUUAUUUAUUUUUUGGCAUAUUUAUUUUUAACAUCUCCACAUAUGAGAAAAAUAAAACCAAACUUAAGUGUCUACCUGUUUUUGAUCACUGAAUAAUAAAAAUGUGCUUCAUUUUGUUGUACUUUGGAUUUUAAAAUGAAAAUAAUAUCAACACUUUUGGAGAGAACAUCCAGUUGCCAAGAAAUGCACGGACCGAUUCUCUACCUGUAACUUUUGUCAAGCAUUGUAUUUGUUGUGAAAAAAUGAAACAAUUAAAUGGUACAAGAGUGGUAAGCUGGGUCUUUUUGGCAGAGUUGAAAGGUAUUUGAUAAACAAUGAAUGUGAUGAGUUGGGUAAAUGUUGGUGGUAUGUGGCCUGACUGGGAAUGAGAUGAUCUGUAUUCAGUUGUCAUGCCCCUCCCCUGUCACACUGGCUGGUUCUUACAUAUUUGUAGAGCUGACGGCUUCUGUGCUGUGGGCACUGAGAUCGCUCUGAUGGCAGCAGAGAGCCAGAACUCAAAGACAAAGCCUGCGAGAAGAUGGUUGAAGAAAAUAAAACAUUUCUGUCACUUCUCUGUGCCUGAUAGUUUCCGGCCCCUCAAAGCUUGUUUUUAUCUCUUUAAAAGGCUUUAGUGGCCUUUGUGCUUUUAUGUGUCUUGUCUCAUGCUCACUCACAGCUCAUGCAUAUCAAAUUAAAUGUAUGCUAAAUGUCAGCUCAGAUAUUUGCUGCUAUUAUGUUAAUGCAAUUUGUCACAUUUUUUUUUCCUUUUUCUUCCUGAUUGCACUUUCUCAUGAAAUACCUCAUGUUGCACCGUUUUGCUUAAUCUCGCUCCAUCUUGUCUGAAUGAUUCAUCGAGUCGUUGCAGAGCAUGUGUUGAAUGAAUAUUUUGUCAGCUAAUGGGAAGGCGUACAUGUAUAUGCGCUUGCUGGUAUGGAAGCACUUACAUCAGUAGCGGGUAAAAAGAGGAGGAAGUGUUGCACAUUCUGAAAACUCACUCAAGUAUAUCAAGUGUAACUCACAACAUUAUAGGACAGUUCUGCAUAUGAAGAAUUCAUGCCAUUUUUAAUGUGGCAGCAGAAGAAUACUGCAGGAACAUCCCUUCAAGAGGUAUUGUAUAUUUUAGAAUGCUUUCCCACUUUAUUCUAAAACAACAAUAGGCUGUCCUCUGAAAUUCAGAGGCAUUAUUCUUUUGAGAUGGAUCAGUGUAAGCAGAUGGAUCAGUUAGCAGGAUACAUACUUGUUUUCAUCUUUGUAAAACUAGGAAAAACAGUCAAAGCAGUUUCUUUCUGUCUUUUUUUUUUUGGAAAAAUUAUUACUUUAAAACUUUAAAACUUCACUGUGCACAAUCUGGAGCUAUCUUGCGAUAGACCUACAGGGGAAUAUCCCAUUGUCUGAGUGAGGAUAAAGUCAUCUACAUGUCCAAAUGCAAUAAUUUUGGAAAAGAAAGUGGACAAAAGUUAAAAUUUCUGGACCGUGUCUGAUUUGUUCACAUGGACUAUCUUCUGUUAGUCCUAUGACAACACAGGACUGACAGAAGAUAGGAUGAGUCAAAAUCACAUGUUCUGACAGUUAAAACAUUUGUGAAGACUGGUAGUUAGCAGUCUACCACUUGUGAAUUUUCCCUCCAAAUUCAUAUUAUUGUGAAUGUGUGGUAGUGUUCUGGAGUUUACAGUCUUAAUCUGAUAAAAUAAGUUUGUCGAGGUCAACAAAUGUGGGAAUCACUUUACUGAGGAAAAGUUAUGAUAUCUUUGAUGAUGCUUUGGCUGAAGUAACUUGACUCUUUCUCUGACAUCAGUCUGAGAAAGGUUUGACACACUCCUUUCUUUCAGCUGUUUCAGAGUGUAUAACAUAUUUGAAGUUUGGGUCUUUGUCCAUGUUCUCUCAUAAAGCUUCAGCCUCGCCUUCAUGUUUUCCUUAGAGAGCAAAUGUUUCCUCACUUUACAUCCCACGAAAAUUUAAUUGGUAUAGUCUCAUUUUGAUUUUACACGUAUCCACUUUCAUAUAAACAUGAGUGAGAGUCUUCUAUAGGUCCAGUUAUAAUAUUUUUGAAAACAUGUAUUUUGGCAUCUUGCAGUCUGAACUUACUCUGAUAACCAAACCUCUGGAUGUUGACAGUCAUUUUCAUUGUCUUCACUUGUAGAAAGUUUCAUAGGGAAGUCACAGGACAAAACAUAGUAAAAACCAAAACCUACAUUUAUCUCCAAAAGGUUUUAACAAAAACUGGAGUAGAUAUAUAAAUAAGCUGUCAUUGUCUAAUAAAAAUUUGUAAUGAUUAUCAAGAAGUCCGGACAGCUAUUGCUCCAGACUACUUUGAUAAAUGUAAAGAAAAUCUGCUUCGUUUGAAAAAAUUAAGUGUGUAAAGAAACUGCUCAAAAUUCUUACACGGGACUGUAGUUCUGUUUUUGUUUGGGUCAGACAGUUUGUGGGGCUCUUGGCUUACUUUCUGCCAAAACGACAUGCAGCCUCUCUGGCAUAACGCCUCAAGGACAUCCUCCUCAAGCACCCAGUCAGAAUGACAUUUUAUUAGUCUGUGAUUAUUUUUUGCUUGCAGGAAACUGAUGGCUGAUAAGCAAGGAAUCAAUUUUUGCCAAUGGAUCCCCAACGAUCCAACACACCGUGCAUAUAUGUAUAUAAGUGUGUUCCUGGGAAACAAAACCUAAAAAUGAAAACACUUAAUCAGUUAAUAAACAUUUGGUGUCUUUUAUACGAGAUCUUUUUUUCCUGUUACCAUCAUAAAACCACAGCAUGAUGUAGAAUUUGCUGUAUGUCACUUCUGUGGCUUUUACAAAUUAUACCUGGGAUGAUUUCUUUUAAUAAGAGAAAUGUACGUCACAAAAUGAUGUAAAUAAAGUCAUAAAGAGAAGCAAAUGUGAGACGUGUCAUUCUGUAGGGAGGGUUUAAUGAAGUUGUACUGCCACUCUAUGAAAGAAAAUCUCCCAGAUGGUCUGAUUUAUCUGUUUAAUUUAAAGGAUUUUAACUGCUGCUGAGGAAUGGCUUUGUCUGACUGUAAUUGGUUACAUCUCAAGAGAGAUUUCUCUCUGUUUUAUCUGUACAUAAUAAAGCCUUGCGA